AUGGCGGGUUCAAUGCACGCGAGGAAACCCUCUGGAAGCCGUCUAAAGCCUGUAGCGGACACUCUAGAGGCUGUGGGAUUUGUGUCCAAAGGAGAUCGGAAAUUGCUAGAUCAGAAAACCCAAAAUGAAUACUUUGAAAAGAUUGUAAACCGAUUUCUCGAGUUCUGCGCGACUCAUCACGAUGACCUGGAUGCAGCGCUGGCAUCUCUUCCCACCAGUUCCUCGGGCGACCCGACCAAGAACCCGCCUGCCUCUUUUCCACAAUCCAAGUCCAAGCCGGGCGUAUCGCGUGGCCCAUCCGCUUCAACUGAGCUGUCAACUAUCCUUCUAUCACUGCGAAAGCUUCGAGAGGCAGUCUUAGCCACCGCUUCUACAACGCCAGUUUCUUUCUCGCAGCAGGUCCAUGUCUUUUCCAUUAGGACCUCUAUAUUGGCUCAGCACCCGCCGUCAUAUUUCCCCUCUCUUCGCUACCUCCUGGAAAGGCUACACAAGCCUUCACAUCCGUUGUCUGACAAGGAGCUCAAGGAAACCACCUCAUACCUCAUUCUCGAUUAUGCCUGUCGACAAUGUGACAUGGUGGCUGCUUUUGAGUUGCGCGCGCACGCGCGAAGCCGGUAUGCGUUUGAAUCUCAGACCAUCGACCGUGUAUUAGCUGCUUUGAUGCAAGAUAACUGGAUUGUAUUCUGGAAAAUUCGGAAUGAAGUGGACUCAAAGAUGCGUGCUUUGAUGAACUGGGCAGUAGACCGGAUGAGAAGACAUGCUCUCAAGGCCGUUGGCAGUGCGUAUCUCAACGUCGAUGUGAGAUGGAUCGUUGAAGGUUGCACUGGAGAAAGACAGAACUGGACAUGGGACAAGCUGGUGGAGAAGGAAAAGCUCGGUUGGCUGAAAGAAGGCGAUAAGAUCAUCAUUAAAAGACCAAGGCUGAGGCCUGAGAAAAAGCUCGUGCCGAUCAAAGAAGGUUCAUGA